GAUAAGAGCCGUUCACUUUUCAGUCGUCAUAUCGACAUGGAGAUCUUGGGGCUUGUGGACGUGCCGCUGUAUCUCUUACUGUGCUUGGCGGCCACAGUGCUGAUCUACAUAUAUGGAAGAUGGAACUACAAUUACUUCAAGAAGCAGGGCGUUCCAGGGCCAGAACCAACGUGUUGUAUUGGAAACAACACUGGUGCGAAUUUCGGACAUGAUCUGUACGCCUGGAGUAAGCGAUAUGGAGGUGUUUUUGGUAUCUACUUUGGAAGAGCUCCCGCCUAUGUUAUCUCGGAUCCUGAAAUUCUGAAAGAGGUUAUGGUCAAGAGUUUUGACAAUUUCAGAAACCGGGUGAUAUUUCCAGUGCCCUACCCUGUAAAUUUAGCUUUGGUUUUCUUGGAAGAUGCCGCGUGGAAGAGAGUGAGAAAUGCCAUUAGUCCUACAUUCACAGGUGUCAAACUGAGGCGGAUGUGCGGAGCCAUCAACGAUUGUGCAAGGACUCUUACAACAAAUUUCGCGAAGGUCAUGGGGAAAGACGCUGGAGUCAAUAUGAAACAAUACUUUGGAGCUUUCUCUAUGGAUGUGAUUUGCCAAACUGCAUUUGGGAUAAAGGUUGAUUCGCAAACAGAUUUCAACCACCCGUUUGUCGUUCAUGCUAAGACGUUAUUCCAACCAACAAAACUGGCAGUGGUAUCCUCAGCAUUGUCAGAUGCUGUUCCAGCACUUGGACCAGUCUUCAAUAAGCUCGGCCUUGGACUCUUUCCACAAAAAUCCGUUGCCUUCUUUGAGACGAUCACCGGUGAAAUGAUGAAACAGCGUCGAAAUGAUAAAACACACCACCAAGAGGGAACAGACUUCCUGCAAAUGAUGAUGGAUGCUUCAAUAGAAGAGGGCAAUGACGACAAAAGCGCUGAUGGUCAAACGGUCAAACAUUCAGUCCGGCAUCUAUCGACGGAAGAAAUAGUUGCUCAGUGCAUACUGUUUUUUGUUGCUGGUUACGAAACUACAGCGUCCACCCUUACCUUCAUAUCUUACAACCUGGCGAUGAAUCAGGAUGCACAGGGGAAAGAAAUGUUGCGAAAUGAGGAACCAAACUAUGACAACAUUGGGAAACUGAAGUAUCUGGACAACGUGAUCACGGAGACGCUCAGACUCUACCCGCCGGCUUUUGUGAUUGACCGAACUGUUUCUGAGCCCACUCAAAUCAAGGGCCUAACUUUCUCUAAGGGUCAAGAUAUCUUCAUUCCUGUGAUGGCCAUACACAGAAAUCCUGAGCUCUACGACGAUCCUGAUUCCUUCAAGCCAGAAAGGUUUGAAGACCAAGACAAAACUGUUGCCUUCCAAGCUUUCGGAUUUGGCCCCAGGGCCUGCAUUGGGAUGCGGCUUGCUCUUGUUGAAGUUAAAGUUGCUUUGGUUAAUGUUCUGAGGGCCGUGAAGUUUGAUCGUAUGCCCGACACACCGGAAGUAUUGACGUUUGCUCAGAAUCCAACUAUUCUUCAACCAGACAAGGACAUCAUACUGAAAGUGUCUCCAAGAUGUUGAAAACGGCGACAAUGCAACAUUAGUUCAAAGAAUGUAUAUG